AUGGCGGCACCACCACCAUCGCCGCCACUUCUGCAUCUCACACACUUUCUCUUAUUCCUCCUCCUCCUCUUCCACCUUUCCCUCCUCCAGGCUACAUCACCGGCCAACGACUACCCAGACCUUGCUCCAUUGAUGACAUUCAAAGCUUCCUCCGACAGAUCAAACAGGCUCACCUCCUGGAACUACUCUUCCGAUCCAUGUAGCAGCUCCUCCGCCUUUUAUGGCGUUUCUUGCCUCCACAACCGAGUCACUAGACUCGUCCUCGAAGACCUCGACCUACAAGGCAGUUUCGACUCACUCGCCGCCCUCACUGAGCUCCGUAUCCUCUCUCUCAAACGUAACCGCUUCACUGGUCCUAUUCCAGAUCUCACGAACCUUACCUCGCUCAAACUACUCUUUCUAUCCUACAACCAAAUCUCGGGCGAGUUUCCGCCGUCUCUACCCUCAUUGUUUCGUCUAUACCGCCUUGAUCUAUCGUAUAACAACUUCUCCGGCGAGAUUCCGGCCACAAUCAACCGUAUGAAUCACUUGUUGACUUUACGCCUUGAGGAGAACAAGUUUUCAGGUUCUAUUGCUGUCUUAAACUUACAAAAUUUACAAGACUUCAAUAUAUCCGGUAACCAGAUUUCCGGUGAAAUACCUACCGUACUCUCCGGCUUCCCUGAGUCCGCAUUCUCAAACAACCAGAUUUUGUGCGGAUUCCCGCUCUCCAACUGUAGCGAGCCCAAAAUACCUGGAUUAGCCUCGCCGGUAGGGAAACCAGCGAACACGGUUGUAUCAUCAUCUCCGAGCUCCAUGCCUUCGACGGCGUCAUUGCCUGAUGAUCAUAAAAAAUCAGGAAGCAAUCGCCACGGCGGCAGUGGGAAGAUAAGUACGGUAGCAAUCAUAGCGAUUAUAGUCGGAGAUGUUUUGGUAUUGGCGUUAGUAUCGUUAAUUCUCUACUGUUACUUCUGGCGGAACUUCGCUGGAAAAUCAGGUAACGGAAAGUCCACGUCGUCGCAGAUUCUAGAAGGUGAGAAGAUAGUAUAUUCAUCAAGCCCAUACCCGAACCCAACGGCACAAUCCGGGUUCGAGAGGGGUAGAAUGGUCUUUUUCGAAGGAGCGAGGAGGUUUGAGCUGGAGGAUUUGUUGAGAGCUUCGGCGGAGAUGUUGGGCAAAGGAGGGUUCGGGACGGCGUAUAAAGCGGUAUUGGACGACGGCAAUGUGGUGGCUGUGAAGCGGCUGAAGGAGGCGGCGAUUGGUGGUAAACGGGAGUUUGAACAGCAGAUGGAGGUUUUGGGGAGGUUACGGCACCCUAACGUCGUUAGUUUGAAGGCCUAUUAUUUCGCAAGAGAUGAGAAGUUGCUGGUCUACGAUUACAUGUCUAACGGCAACUUGUUCUGGCUUCUUCACGGAAACAGAGGACCAGGCAGAACCCCUUUGGACUGGACCACAAGGCUUAAGGUUGCAGCAGGUGCAGCCAGGGGUCUAGUCUUUAUCCAUCACUCCAGCAGGUCUCUUAAGCUCACCCAUGGUAACAUCAAGUCUACAAACAUCCUCAUCGAUAAAUUCGGCAAUGCUGCCGUCUCCGACUUUGGCCUCUCCGCCUUUGCGCCACCAACUACUGCCCCAAAAUCCAACGGCUAUCGUGCACCCGAACUAUUAACAAUGGACGUCCGGAAAACCACUCAGAAAUCCGAUGUUUACUCUUUCGGGGUCCUUUUAUUGGAGCUUCUAACGGGUAAAUGUCCGUCAGUGGUGGACAAUGGUGGGACCGGGUAUGGUGGAGCCGUGGACUUGCCGCGGUGGGUGCAGUCAGUGGUGCGUGAAGAAUGGACGGCAGAGGUGUUUGAUUUGGAGCUGAUGAGGUACAAGGAUAUCGAGGAAGAAAUGGUGGGGUUGCUGCAGAUCGCGAUGUCGUGUACGGCUGGUGCACCCGAUCAACGGCCAACAAUGGGUUAUGUGUUGAAAAUGAUCGAGGAGAUGCGCGGAAUCGAGGUGUCACCGAGUCACGAGAUGCUGGACUCAGUGUCGGACUCGCCUUCGGUGUCAGACGACACAUGCCGAGUGAGUGAGUAGAGAUGGAAGGGUUAGGAAAUUUGAUUUUUAUUUAUGUGUCAUAGAUGUGUUUGGAAUGUUGUAAAGUAGGGUUUAUUUUUGUUUUUU